CCAACACCCAUUGCUCUGUUGUGGAGCCGUUGCGUUGCAGUAGCUAUGAUGCAUCGAUACGUAGUAUGUAGCUCAAAACAGAAUACUUUUUUCACUUCUUCAUUUACCUGGUUCAUCCCACGCUAGAAAUUAAUCCACCAUGACCACUCGAAUCAUCCUGGCCGCCUUGUUGGUGGGCGUUUGCGCCGCCUUUGCUCCUGUGCAACAGCGCACUACUGGUAGUACCAGCAGUCUCUCCAUGGCACCCAAGUGGGACGGUGAAAAAUGGGCUCCCAGCAGCCCCGAAGAAGGCCCCGAGGCAGGAUAUGGCGCCGGCAAGACCCUCCUCCUCCAUGGACCCAUUCCCUUUUACAACCGCGUCUUCAAGGCCGCCGAUUACGAACAAGCCGUACUCAAAUUCAUGGCCAGUGAAAAAUGCGACCGAAUGGAAGGACAGGGAAACAUGGACUUUUAUUUGGCCAACCCCAACGAUUGGGCUUUCAAUCGAUUCGAAAUGGAAAAGAAGGGAAUCAAGUACGAUUACACAACCCUCGAUAACAAGUCUUUGACGUUGACUUUGGUCUGGUCCUCGAUUGUCUUGGGGUUGUCAACCAACGUUGUCUACUCCCUUUCCACUGGAGCGUCCUUUUGGGCGUUUUUGAAAUAAUCUAUCUGUAAUAAGGAGAUAUUACUACAUGGAGCAAUGGAGGUGGACAGUAUUAUUGUUUCUCAGGGAAAAGGAAGUAGCUAUGAAAACAAUCCGACACAAGCUCUGCAAUACUCAGUGUACUGUAGGCAUCAGAAAGGUUGAAAGUUACAGAAAUUAACCAAAAGCUAGUCAACCAUAGUCCAUGUUCUG